AUGGAUUUCCAUUCUCUUAUGGGUCGAGCGUCGACCAUGAUGACAGGCAAACGAAACGAUGAUGUUAUAUCCGAUCGACUGAAUUAUCGAUAUACAGUAACGAUUUUAGUUGGAUUUGCCAUUCUUAAUAUGAAUCGUCUUCAUACUGAUCAAAUUAAAUGUUGGAUACCUGCAUUCUUUACACCCAAUUACGACGAAUACGUUCGAUCAAUAUGUUUCGUUCAAAAUACGUACUUUGUUGAACAUACGGAUAAAAUACCGAAAUCAUCUAAUCUUAAGAAAGAAAAUGAAAUAUUGUAUUACCAAUGGAUCCCGUUCUUUCUAUUAGUGAAAGCUUUUCUUUUCUACAUCCCACGAAUAUCAUGGAACACAUUGGGAUUAAAAAGUGGCAUACAAGUUGGCGAUUUAGUCGAAUUGUCCUAUGACUAUAAACAACCAAGCACGGAUUCAGCGCAUCGUCAAACAUGCAUGAAUCAUAUUAUUGAUACGAUUGAUCAAUAUUGCAAUGAUCAUCGACGGCAGCAUGACUCACGUGCGCACCUGAAUGUCUUGCAACGAUGCUUUUCAAGUGGCUGGUGUUUAACAGGCAAAUAUCUGGGAAAUUAUCUUGUUGUUCUAUAUUUGACAACCAAACUGAUGUACAUAGGCGUAUCAUUGUUUCAAAUCUAUCUAUUAGGAUUAAUGCUGGGCUCAAAUUUUGCAUUCUAUGGGAUACAAGUUAUAGAUCGUUUUUUUCGAGGUAUCCAUUGGGAUACUGAGUCGCGUUUAUUUCCAAAAACAACUUUAUGUGAUUUUACCAUACGGGAAUACGGUCAUCCUAAAUUAUCUCAUGACUACACCGUACCUUGUGUUCUUCCGUUGAACUUAUUCAAUCAACAGAUGUUUACUCUGUUGUACUUUUGGUAUGUGGUGGUCAUCGCAUUGAAUAUCUGUGACUUUUUCGUUUGGUUAAAGGCGGUUACCGUACGACAUCGUCUUGAUUUUAUUCGAAAACGACUUCAAACAAAAAAACAAUCACUUGUACGUGAUAUGAAAAAUCAAGCGAAGAUUCGAGCAUUCGUCAACGAUUAUCUCGAAUCGGACGGAUACUUCAUUCUAUCAUUAAUCAAAGAAAACAGUUCAGAUUACGUGGCAACAGAAGUCAUUCAACGACUCUAUAUCGAACGAUUUCUUCCUAGAUAUAUUAAUGAAACAGCAAGAACAAUUAGUAUAUAUGAUGAUAUAGAUACGAGAAAGGACGCUAAUACUAAACGAUCAAACCUUUGUUCGUGGAUUUGUUAA